AUGUCGCCGUCGACAGUCCACAACAAGGUCACCCCGCCCUACCAAAGACCGAACCUACAUAUCCACGGCGUUGGAGUCGAAUACCCUCCCUAUGAAAUCAAGCCAGAACAAUUGGCCACUCUGGCAAGGCGUUUCUACCCCAGUUCCCCAGCCCUCGACAAGGUGCUGACCAUCAAUGACUACACUGGCAUCGACUCUCGUUCAGCCAUUGGAAACAUUGACCAUCCUAUCGCCAAUGCGCCAGAGGCCCCCACUAUCGCUCAGCAGUGUGACAUUUUUCUCGACCAUGGAGUCAAGCUGUCUGUGGCAGCGUGUCGUAAGGCGUUGGAGCAAUGGGGAGGAGAUCUGUCCGAAAUCACUCAUGUCGUCGCUACUACCUGCACGAAUUCCGCCAAUCCUGGCUACGAUCAUUUUGUGAUCAAGGAGCUCGGUCUCAAUCAAAGCAUAGAGAAAGUCUUGCUGCAUGGAGUUGGCUGUUCCGGUGGACUGGCUGCGCUGCGAACAGCUGCCAACAUCGCUCUCGGUUCGAGCUUUCGACGGAAACCGGCCAGGAUACUGGUCUUUGCCUGUGAAAUCUCAAGCACCCUCGUGCGUUCCGAGCUGGACUCUAUUCACAACAACCAGGAGGUUAGAAUAGGGGUGACGCUCUUUAGCGACUGCGCAUCGGCUGUGGUGUUGGGGAAUGGAUUCAGUGAUCGCUAUGGCGAGGAACGACUAUUGGAGUUACUAGGUUGGGAUCACCGAAUCAUCGAAAAUACCGAAAAGGACCUCGGAUUCGACGUGGAUCCGUUAGGUUGGAAGGUAGUUUUGACACCCCGGGUCCCGAAACUUGCGGCGGCAGCUGUUCCCGCCAUGUUUGACGACCUUGUUGGAUCGAUACCCGAGCUUGUCGACCAGGGGAAAUUCAAAGCUUCCGAGUACGAUUGGGCCCUCCAUCCAGGCGGAUCCACCGUCAUCACCGGCGUGGAAAAGACAAUGCACCUGCAGCCCGAACACCUGCGAGCGAGCUAUGAGGUAUACAUCAGCCAUGGCAACAGUUCCAGUGCCACCAUCUUCAGUGUGCUGAACCGACUCCUCGAAGGAGAGACGACAGAACACAUUGUGGGUUGUGCCUUCGGGCCUGGCAUCUCGGUCGAAAUGAUGAUGUUCAAGCGAAGUGGCAAAGGGUCGAGGUCUGGAACCGAGAGUCCAACCGAGACCUUGGUAGCGGAAGAUGUUGAUUGA